GGAGGGCUUUGAGUUUGUCAUAAAAAGGAUAAUAGUUGAUGUUAAUAUAGUAUAUGUCAACGAAUAGAAUAGAAGAGCUUGAGAAGAUGUCAGAUUGACUUCUCUCGAGCUGCAUGAUAAAAUCUUCAAAAUCCAAAAACCAUAAACCUAGCCCACAAAAUUUUCAAACCCCUCCAAGUCCUCCCAGUCGACAUCAAAAUCCUCUAAAUGACACCAAAACUACACCUCCUAAAUCUUUCAAAAAUUCGCCAUCAACUCAAAAUGACUCCCCAAAAUCUCCCUCAAAAAUGAGCCAAAAACAAAAUUUCCCGAUUUCCUCUGCUAAUUCCUCCACUUUUUACCAAAAUCAUCAGAACUCACUUAAAUUUGUGAAUUUACAAAAGUUUCAAAAUUAUCAAAAUUUGCAAAGCUUACAAAAUUUUGCAAGCUUUCCAAAUCAGAGUGAUUUUGGCUCAACUUGAAAUUUUCAGCAGAAUUUGAGUAUUGAGAAUUUUCUGAAUCCUCAAAGUAAUGGCCAAGAGCAGUUCCAGUGGAAUCAUCAAAGAUAUAUUGACUUCUCAACUCAAGAUGACCGAGCAUCUGAUGAUUGUAAAGAUUCUUCCAGUGCACAAGAAGCUGAUAGUAAAGAAGAAAGUUCUCAAUCUCAAAGUGAAGUUGAGGCAAAAUAUGGAAAAUGAUGUCAAGGAUGAACUCAACUUCAUGGUGAUGCUAAUAGAACCUGAAUUUGCCAAGUCCCAGCCAAUUAUAGAUUUAAGAAAAUUGGGCCUGAGGGAUGUAAUCUCUGUGGCUGUCAAGGGUGCUCCAAAGAACUUGAAGGAAAGUUUCAUGCAAAGCAAAAGCCUAAGAAUGUCUCCAAAACUACCCCUGAAGAGAAGAGCCCUCCUCCUCAGCUUAUUCCAGACUGGAACACUAAGAAGCUUGAGUUUACGAACCUCCUGAAACUCUUUAUGCAGUGAGAGAGCUCUAAAGCAGGUGUGGGUAUCCCUCAAAGAAGCUAUAGCUACAUCAUGGGUAAGCCUGAGAAUGAGAAUUCAAACGCAAAUGACUACUCUCUCGAAGUUGGAAAUGACAGUUAUAUAAACCAGAAUCCAAACUGGAAAAAGACUAAAGAUAGUAAGAAAAACCUGAAACCUCAGAAGAAAAAUCUUGACAACGAUGAGGUUAAGAACAAAGGAGAGACUAAGAAAAAGUCCAAGGUGGAAUAUCUGAACCUUCCUUUACUUGGUACAAGGAUAGAGAUUAAGAGAGAAGAUAAAAAUAGAGAAAAACCACAAAAUAAGAAAGAACAGCAGUCCCAAGAGAAGUUGAGCAAUGAGAAUCAAGAAAAAUUAAAACAAGAGACUCAAGAGAAGUUAGAUCAAAAGCCUAAAGAGGAGCUGAAGCAAGAGUCUCAAGAAAAUAUUGAGAUGAAACCUCAAGAAAUGACUCAAGAGAAGCCUGAGAUAAAUACCCAAGAAAAAGUAAAAGAAAAGACAGAAGAAAAGAUGGAAGAAAAGAUAGGAGAGAAAACAGAAGAAAAAUGCGAAGUGAAUCUUAGCACUAACCUUGAGAUAAAGCCUCUUAAUGAAAUCUCAAAGGAGAUAAAUAAAGACUCAGAAAUUACAAAGCCUUUUCCUCAAGCUAUUCUUGAGAGAUCAAGCAGGCUAAAGAAAGUUUUGCGUUCUAUGAGCUCAGCUCCAUCUAAUCCCUCCCUCUCUGAUCCAACUUCUACUCCUCUCCCAGGAGCCCAAAAUGCCUCCGAGGAGACUCUAAACCAGGCUGAAGAAUCUAAAAUUCCUUCCCCUCCUUCAGCAGGUCCAACAAUUCUAAAAACCUCUCCUCAGUUCGUCCAAAACACUGACCAAAAAGAAGUGAAAUUUGGAAAUUCUGAAGUAAUCGAGUAUUCAAAUGAAUAUUCUAAUUCUGAUAAUAAUGCUAGUUAA